GAGUUCUGAUAGCUGUUUAACUUUGAUUUAAUGAAAUAAUACACCAAGGAAGUGAAGAUAACAUAAUUGCCUCAGAUGUGGUAUUCACUGUGGUUAAUACCUAAACCAUAUAAGGAGCGUCCUCAAAUUUAGGAUGGAAACUCCAAGUGGACACAAAAGCCAUGAAGAGACUGGUAAAGUUACACUUGGAAUCCUUGGAAGAACUUGGGAACCAAGCUUCCCUCUGAGAGGAACUGGCAAGCGAACCAGCCUUUGUGGCAAAUUUCCUGAACCACUAUGACAGAGACUCCACUUUCAACGCAUUUGUGGGCAAAGGGCAGCUGAUCUCGGGCAUGGACCAGGCCCUGGUCGGGAUGUGCGUCAACGAGAGGCGCUUCGUCACGAUCCCCCCGAAACUGGCCUACGGAAGCGAGGGAGUCGCCGGCAUGAUCCCCCCAGACUCUGUGCUCCAUUUCGAUGUGCUUCUGGUGGACCUGUGGAGCCCUGAGGACCAGGUGCAGAUUCACACGUACUUCAAGCCGGCCAGUUGCCCUCGGACCGUCCAGGUGUCUGACUUCGUGCGGUACCACUGCAAUGGCACCUUCCUGGACGGCACACUCUUCGACUCCAGUCACAAUCGCAUGAAGACGUAUGACACGUACGUGGGGAUCGGCUGGCUGAUCCCGGGCAUGGAUGCAGGGCUGCUGGGCAUGUGUGUGGGAGAGAGGCGCGUCAUCACCAUCCCUCCUUUCCUGGCCUAUGGCGAAGCUGGCGAUGGGAAAGACAUUCCCGGGCAGGCGUCCCUGGUGUUCGAUGUCCUGCUGCUGGACCUGCAUAACCCCAAGGACAGCAUCUCCGUGGAGAACCAGGUGGUGCCGGAGGGCUGUGAGCGCAGGAGCCGGAGCGGGGACUUCAUGCGGUACCACUACAACGGCACGCUGCUGGACGGCAGCCCCUUCGACUCCAGCUACCGGCGGAACCGCACCUUCGACACCUACGUGGGGCAGGGCUACGUGAUCCCCGGCAUGGACCAGGGGCUGCUGGGCAUGUGCAUCGGGGAGAGGCGGCGGAUCGUGGUACCCCCACACCUGGGCUACGGGGAGGAGGGCAGAGGGAACAUCCCAGGCUCGGCCGUGCUGGUGUUCGACGUGCAGGUGGUCGACUUCCACAACCCCUCGGACUCGGUCAACAUCACCUCGCACUACCGGCCGCCCGACUGCUCGGUGCGGAGCCAGAAGGGCGACUUCCUCAAGUACCACUACAACGCGUCGCUGCUGGACGGGACCCUGCUGGCCUCCACGUGGAAUUUGGGCAAGACGCACAACGUGGUGCUGGGCUUCGGACAGGUCGUGCUGGGCGUGGACAUGGGGCUCCGAGAGAUGUGCGUAGGCGAGCGGCGCACGGUGGUCAUCCCGCCCCACCUGGGCUACGGGGAGGCCGGCGUGGAGAUUGCUCUCGUGUCCUGGAAGAACUGGCUGCUGCACGGUGCAGUGGCCGCGGGUCACCUUGCGGUCUGCCCCGACCCAUCUGCAGCGCCCUCACCCUGCUGCUGCCUGGACCUGCGAAGUGCUGGCUUCAGGGGAGGUGCCGGGCAGCGCCGUGCUGGUGUUCGACAUCGAGCUGCUGGAGCUGGUGGCCGGGCUGCCCGAGGGCUACAUGUUCGUGUGGACCGGCGAGGUGUCCCCCAGCCUCUUCGAGGAGAUCGACAAGGACGGCGACGGGGCCGUCCUCCUGGAGGAGUUCUCAGAGUACAUCCACGCCCAGGUGGCCAGCGGCAAAGGGAAGCUGGCUCCCGGAUUUGACGCCGAGAUGAUCGUGAAGAAUAUGUUCACCAACCAGGACCGGAACGGGGACGGGGCGGUCACAGCUGCGGAGUUCAAGCUCAAAGACCAGGAGGCCGAGCACGAUGAGCUCUAGUGCACAGCCCGAGCCAGCCUGUGCCAGGGAGGGGGCACGCGACACCCGUCACCUGUCGCGCAGAGUGCAGCGAGGGCUCCAGGGUCUCCGGGAGCGAGCGGCCAGCGGGGCGAGCGGAUCGGAUCCCACGGCGCACGCGUGGGGUGGGGCGGGACCGAACCUGGGCAGCGCCUCGGCCUGGCCCGAAGGACUGGGGAGGCUGCCCCGCCAGGGAGCCUUGUAAUUAACGGGAAAUAAUGUCAUCUUGGAAGAGCAGGAGAAAAAGUGGCCAGCACCGACCUAAAGAGAUUAAAAGGUUUUUCACUA